GAGCAACUGGAGCCAACGGUAUAUCUCACUAUAAAGCUUUUACUGAGCAUGUAAUUAGUUUGUUUUAGUAAUUUCGGAACUUAGCCAAUAAGACUGGACCUUGUCAGGCAGGAUUCUUGGCACCACGUUUUACAAAACUGCAAGGAAGUUGUCUGUGCCUCACAUCGACGUUGAUAUGGUCAUCGAGAAAAGGUCUUUUCACUUCAACCCAAGUGAAUCAGAUCAAAUAGUUUAAUGGCAGGACGUGUUUAACAUUAGUAUAUCAAGAACAAGAAAUGGUAUUUCUAAUGGGAUAUUGCAAUUGAUAAGGAAACGGAUAUAAAGGUAUAUGAUCAUUGUAAUUUAAUUGACAAUUGAGCUUCAUGAUCGGAAAGUGUUUUUACAAGAAGUCACAACAUUGUUUUUAAUGAUAUAAACAUCAUUGAGUUAUCGUACAUCGUUAAGAGAUUUGCACCAGAAGGAAUAACAUUAUUUUGGGUAAAUAGCAGCACUGGCCAGCGAAACAAGGUGUUCAUAACAGUUUUUCGCAAUUUGGUAAAGAAAUGUAAAGAUCUUACAAGUGAAAUAACGAGAUAAUUUUCUGGACUUUAAAACGAAAGCUAUACAAAUUUUACACCGAUCGUAAUCAAGAAAAUCGUAUUUUAAGUCCAAAGUGCGAAGUUAGAAAAAUGUAAGUUUUACGGGAGUGUUCAAAAAGUACUGUGAAAUGCACAUCACGUAACAGAAGCUCGCGACUAGAGCGACGACGAAAACACCCUACAUCAACGAAAUAUCUCCAAUGUGGGAAGAAAUCCCUUAUGACAAAAUGAAGAGGAUUUUAUUUUUCUUAAUGACAUGUAACCUCGUGGCUUGGGGUAAAAAACAUCACGAAGCCAAUGGAGACCUCAGUAGUGAUCAACAUGUUAUGCUACAACACACUAUUAAGAACAUGCUUGGGUACGAGAAACUGCCCUCUGAUCCCAAGUCCAAGAGCACCGUCAUGGAGACUGCCCCAAAGUACAUGCUGGACUUAUACGAGAAAUAUAGAAAUGGCAGGUUCAAAAAGGACGAGGAUAGGGGAAAUACAGUCAGAAGCAUUCACGCAAGUAUAGUCAAAGUGAAUGGCCAAGUGAUGUUCUAUUUUAAUCUGAGCUCUAUACCAUCAACGGAGAAAAUUAUGUCAGCCGAAAUGCACCUUUACAAGAAGAAAAUGAAGACUCGGCCAACAUCAAAGGAAAUCAAAAUUAUGCUUCACGAGGUGGCGCCAGUGUACAUGAGCCAAAUAGGCACACGGACUUUAAGUCCGUUUAGUUACGGAUGGCAAUGGUUUGACAUCACAGACUCAAUCAAAAGCUGUUCCUCAACUCAACGUACACGCACCCACUCGCUGUCUAUCAAUUUUGAAACGGUGAAAGAAAACCGUGACAGCGCCAACAAUAUUGUAUUAAAACGAUUCAUGAGACAUAUGGAAAAGCCCUUUAUUAUAAUAUUUUCAAAGGCCAUUGAUCAGAACAUUACUGUUGAUCACGUGGAUCCUCAUUUCAAAACUGAAGAUUUGUUAGAGUUCAAUAAAAAUGAGAAUGAGAUCAUGAAGGCGUUAAGACCUGUAAAUAAACAUAAUCAGAGAAAGAACAGAAAACGCAAAGACUCUCACGAAAAACAGAGCAUGCGAAAUUCAGUUGAAACAAGAAAACAAAAUCGCGAGAGGCGUUCAAUAUAUGACAACGAGAUACCAGAGGAUCCAAUCGAGCCACCUCGAUCCACCUCGAUGUACAACGUCCCGGUUACACAUCCUGGUAUUUUACAGGAAAGACAGCAAAUUAAACCACGUAAACCUCCCAAAAAACUAAUUCCAUAUCCGCCCAAAUUCAACAAGAGCAGACGCUCAAGAGAACGCAACAGAAACAAAAAUAAAAAGCGGCGGAAGAAUAAAGGUUCGAAACGUCAGCCAUUGCUACCUAUACCUAGAAAUGUGCAGCCGUGGCAACAAGAAAAUAACCAAAUUCCUAUAGACAGAACUUUACUCUGUGGCAGGAGAAGGUUGGUCGUAGAUCUUGCAGAUAUUGGGUGGAGCAAGUGGGUGAUAGCACCCAAAUCAUUCGACGUUCAUUACUGCGCGGGUCAGUGCUCCUUUCCUCUUUCUAGGGGUAUGAAACCUUCUAACCACGCCACAAUUCAGAGUUUGGUUCAUGCCAUUGGGAUCAAUUCUCACGUGCCACCCCCCUGCUGUGUUCCUGAAUCCAUGUCCUCAAUCACUUUGCUAUAUGUUGAUGAAGACAGGAAUGUAAUAUUGAAGAACUACCCAAAUAUGUCUGUGAAUUCAUGUGCGUGUCGCUAGGAGACAUCUGUCUAGAUACAUCUGGGAAAAAUAGGAACAACCUGUUAACUCUUGAGAUAGAUGUCAUGCCUUUAAUUAAUGCUGUUGGGGUGCUUGACGUUUCAAUCAGAAGAGACAUGACACUUGGAAUAGUGACACUGCAUAUGUUUUAAAUAAAACAUAUAUUACAAAGAUGAAAUGUUUCACUACAUGGUGGCCUCAGUACAUGCCUAGGUACCAAUAAGGUGAUAUGACAUGCUUAAGAUGGUAGCCUUAAGAUGAUGUUUGAAGCUCUGUAUAUGAUGAUAUGCCCAAGGACAAUGGCGAAAAUGGACAUAUAAGUGCCCUUUCAGGACAUAUCACAACAAACAUUUCACAAUAUGGACAUCACGGUGAUGGGAAUGUCAGAAAGGGGACACUACCUUAACCAUGAAGACGCAUGUCCUAACAUAGACAUGGACCAAGAUGGGGUUGUUUAGACACUGGGACAAUGGCCCAUUUGGUCAAACGCAUCACAUAUUGUCGAUAGAAUGACAUAUGUAGCCAUGCCCACUUUGCAAAUGUCACAUAAAAUAACAUGUCAAUUCAAUAAGUUCAGAACACAUAUGUUCAAAGCAUGACACAUCAACUAAGAUGUGAAGUUAUGCACAUGUGACAUCUAUUGAUAAAUAAUAUAUUGGAAAACAUAUUUCUGCUGUAUGUCGACUGGAAUUCAAUAUUAAAGGCACACAAAGUGUGGAACCUUUUACUCCCAAAGUAUUUGACAAUGGUGGUUCUGCUAAACUAAAAAACAUGUACAUGUACUAUUUUCAUAAGGCAUUUCUAAGACACGAGUCAAGGUUAUUCCAUGUAACAUUGAUUAUUACUAGUUAUUUUGAAAAUCAGUCUGACAUCCAAGGUUUAUAAAAUGAGAUGUAGUCUUUUUCUAGCCAUUGUAACUCCCACUGUACUCUUGAUGAGUCGAGUCUAGAGACUUCAUGCAAGUCUUCAUUUACAAGAGAUGAGUUAUCCUUAUAUAUUUAGGUAAGGCACAUAUAAUGAGAGUGUCGUUAACCAAGUUCGGUCCCUUUUUCUCAAAAGGCCCACUUUACUGUAAAUGAGAGAGAGAGUGGAAGGUACUAAGAAAGUGCAAAGAUUUGGACUUUAUGGACCUUGGAUACAGGCUGUCCUGUAAAUAGUGUACCAUUUUAUAGUUGUCACACAUAUACAGUGAUUGAUUUUUACCUCAGGAUGACACAUAUAUACAUGUAUAUAUAAAAAAUAAUUAUUUAUUUAAUUUUCACUUGAAUGAAUGACCUGUAUCUGUCUCUAUCUUAAUUACACAUAUACAGUAUACAGAGUGGGAUAAAAUUAAAUUACAAAUAUUACACUUCUGACUGAGAAUUUUUGCCCACCCUGUACUUAUACAUGUACAAGGUAACACAACACAACCAGUGUGUUGAUGUGUUUUUAAGAUAAAGAUGUUACAUGUUAUUAAAAUAACAAUCACAAAUAAUCAACAAAUCAAAAUGUAUCAAUACCUCACACAAGAGACUAUCAAAUGAAAUCCAUGAUUUUAAUGUCAUUCAAACAUGACAAGCUCUCGACCAAUCAGAUUGCAUCUAAGCUGUGCGUUAUAAAUGUGAUGGUGCAUGAUGAAUCAUAUUUGGGAAAUAGAAAAUUAAUUUUUGAUUAAUGCAUAUUGUAAGGAAAGACAAAACAAUUUCCCAUUGGCCACAGUACAAUCUCAGGCCCGUAGCCAGGGAGGUUCGAGUAUGGGCUUUCAAUAAGAUAGUUGAAAGCC